GAGCUCGGCGCAGGCGGAGAAAGCUCAGUGUGAAGCAGACUCAACCUCUUCCACGACCACUCGCACUGCUGACAUCCCUCAGCGAGCAAGUACAAUCAGGGCCUAUCCCUGUCUUGUUUUCGGGCAUAUUUUUCAUGAAAUCUAGACACUGAUAAGACACGACACAGACAUCAUCUAGGGGUUAGAAAAUAACCUCAUUUAGUAGUUUAGGAUAUCUUUAGGGACGCAUCACCUUUAGAGCAAGAUGUUAGAUCCGUCGUCCAGUGAGGAGGAAUCUGAUGGGAUAGUGGAGGAGGAAAGCAAAGAGGCGAUGGCACCUCAGGCCGGAUCCCGCAUCUCACCGAGCAGGACCACCGAGAGCUCGGGUGGACUAGCGCCCAGCGGCAGCCGCAGCAGCGCCCGUCCGACCAGCCCGAGCCCGUCAGCCGCCAGCGAGGAGAAAGAGGAUGUGGAGAAGCUGCAGCGGGAAGAGGAAGACCGUAAAAAGAAGCUGCAGUUAUAUGUUUUUGUGAUGCGAUGCGUCGCGUACCCAUUCAAUGCAAAACAGCCCACAGAUAUGGCAAGGCGACAGCAGAAGAUAACCAAGCAGCAACUUCAGCAGACUAAGGACCGUUUCCAGGCCUUCCUCAAUGGAGACACACAGAUUGUGGCUGAUGAAGCAUUCAUCAAUGCUGUGCAGAGCUACAAUGAGGUGUUCCUAAAGAGUGACCGUGUGGCUAAGAUGGUCCAGAGCGGCGGCUUCUCGGCCAAUGAUUUCAGGGAAGUGUUCAAGAGGCACAUCGAGAAGCGCGUACGAAGCCUUCCAGAAAUUGACGGUCUGAGCAAGGAGACAGUACUCAGCUCUUGGAUGGCCAAGUUUGACACCAUCUACCGCGGUGACGAGGAUCCACGCAAAGCACAGCAACGCAUGACUGCCAGCGCGGCCUCUGAGCUGAUCCUCAGCAAAGACCAGCUGUACGAGAUGUUCCAGAAUAUCCUCGGCAUCAAAAAGUUUGAGCAUCAGCUGCUUUAUCAAGCCUGUCAGUUGGACAACCUGGAUGAGCAGGCUGCACAGAUCAGAAGAGAACUUGACGGUCGUCUUCAGAUGGCGGACCAGAUUGCCAGGGGUGGCAAGUUCCCCAAAUUUGUGUCUAAAGAGAUGGAGGCCAUGUUCAUUGAGGAGCUCAAGUCCUCCGUGAAUCAGCUGAUGGCCAAUCUGGAGAGCAUGCCUGUGUCCAAGGGAGGGGAGUUCAAACUCCAGAAGAUGAAACGGGGACACAAUACCUCCAUCAUCGACAUGGGCCAGGAGGACGAGAACACGUUGUCCAAGUCUGAUGUGGUUCUGUCCUUUACUUUAGAGGUGGUGAUCAUGGAAGUGCAGGGGCUAAAGUCUCUGGCUCCAAACAGGAUUGUCUACUGCACCAUGGAGGUGGAAGGAGGCGAGAAACUCCAGACCGACCAAGCAGAAGCAUCUAAGCCAACCUGGGGGACCCAAGGGGACUUCACCACCACACACCCUCUGCCUGCUGUCAAGGUGAAACUGUUUACAGAGAGCACAGGGGUGCUGGCACUGGAGGACAAAGAACUGGGCAGGGUUGUCCUCCACCCAACUCCAAACAGUCCCAAGCAGUCAGAGCUCCAUAAGAUGACCGUGACCAAGGCGUGCCCUGACCAAGAUCUGAGGAUCAAACUGGCCAUACGUAUGGACAAACCACAGAACAUGAAACACUGCGGGUAUCUGUGGGCCUUUGGAAAGAAUGUUUGGAAACGCUGGAAGAAGCGUUUCUUUGUCCUUGUGCAGGUGAGUCAGUAUACGUUUGCCAUGUGCAGCUACAGAGAGAAAAAGUCAGAGCCACAAGAGCUUCUCCAGCUGGACGGGUACACUGUGGACUACAGUGACCCCCAGCCAGGCUUGGAUGGUGGCAGGGCUUUCUUCAAUGCAGUAAAAGAAGGCGACACUGUAAUCUUUGCAAGCGAUGAUGAGCAGGACCGCAUCCUGUGGGUCCAGGCCAUGUAUCGAGCCACUGGCCAGUCCCACAAACCCGUCCCACCCACUCAAGUUCAGAAACUCAACUCCAAAGGGGGUGCCUCAGCCCAAAUGGAUGCUCCCAUUUCUCAGUUCUCUGGACUCAAGGAUGCUGACAGAGCUCAGAAACACGGAAUGGAUGAGUUUAUCUCCGCUAACCCCUGUAGCUUUGACCAUGCCUCGCUUUUUGAGAUGGUGCAGCGACUCACGUUGGAUCACAGGCUCAACGACACCUUUUGCUGCUUGGGAUGGUUUAGCCCAGGCCAGGUGUUUGUCUUGGAUGAGUACUGUGCCAGGAAUGGAGUUCGAGGUUGUCACAGACAUCUGUGUUACCUGCGUGAUCUACUGGAAAGAGCAGAAAGUGGAGUUAUUAUUGACCCCACUCUUCUUCACUACAGCUUCGCUUUUUGUGCCUCCCAUGUCCAUGGGAACAGAGAGGGCAGCAACAAUUACUGGGGGCCGCUGGGCUAUGAGGCCCUAAUGUCCCCAAAGAGCUCCCAAAGCCCAGAUCCUCGCACAAGCUCUAAACAAGCACGCAUAUUCACGUUUAGAAAGAGAAAGGAUUCCAAAAUACCACUCUGCCAAGGGCAAAAAAGGCCAGACGGGCUGAGCACAGUGAAAGUGGAUGAGAAGGAGCGCUUUGAAGACAUCAAGGAGCGGUUGCGUGUGAUAUUGGAAAACCAGAUUGUAAAUUUCAGAUAUUGUUUCCCCUUUGGUCGUCCAGAGGGAGCACUGAAGGCCACUUUAUCUUUGCUGGAGAGGGUCCUGAUGAAGGACAUUGUUACCCCAGUUCCACAAGAAGAAGUUAAAGGAGUGAUCCGCAAAUGUUUGGAGCAGGCCGCUCAGCUCAACUACGAGCGGAUUAAAGAAUAUGCUACAAUCGAAGGAAAAAAGAGGGAAAUGUUUGAGCACCCUGUCUUCUGCUUGGCGUCUCAAGUGAUGGAUUUAACCAUCCAGAACGUAGGCCGCUUAGUCACACCUGCCAAAAAACUGGAGGAAACAAUUCGCCUGGCGGAGUUAGUCAUAGAGGUCCUCCAGCAGAACCAGGAACACCAUGCGGAGGCGGCAGUCACAAGUUCUGGAGAUCAAUCGGGAAAAGAGGCAUUUGCAUGGUGGACAGACCUCAUGGUGGAACAUGCAGAAAACUUCCUGGCCCUCUAUGCCAUCGACAUGGAUGCCGCUCUGGAGAUCCAGUCCCCUGAGAGCUGGGACAGUUUCCCUCUGUUCCAGCUGCUCAAUGACUUCCUCCGGACAGACUAUCAUUUGUGCAAUGGAAAGUUCCACAAACACCUUCAGGAUCUGUAUGCUCCUCUGGUGGUUAGAUAUGUGGAUCUGAUGGAGUCCUCCAUAGCACAGUCAAUUCACAAGGGAUUUGAGCGAGAGUCCUGGGAGCCUGUAAAGAGUUUAACAAGUAAUCUGCCCAAUGUGAAUCUACCAAAUGUGAACCUCCAAAUUCCCAAAGUACCAAAUCUGCCAGUGCCAGUAGCAGGACUAUCAGUUAACCUUCCACAAAUGCCUAGCUUUUCUACCCCGUCAUGGAUGGCUGCUAUAUAUGACUCUGAUAAUGGCUCCGGGACGUCGGAGGACCUCUUUUGGAAGCUAGACGCCCUCCAGACUUUCAUCAGGGACCUGCACUGGCCUGAGGAGGAGUUUGCCAAACACCUCGAGAGUCGCAUCCAGCUCAUGUCGAGCAACAUGAUCGAGAACUGCGUCAAGCGCACAAGGAUGGCAUUUGAGUCCAAGCUGACAAAGAGCAGCAAGUCCACAGAUUUCCGCAUUUCUCCACCAUUAUGCACCAUGUUCAACGUGAUGGUGGAUGCCAAGGACCAAUCAGCUAAAUUGUGUGCAAUGGAGAUAGGUCAAGAGAAACAGUACCACACCCAAAUAGACGAGCUGAUUGAGGAAAGUGUGAAAGACAUGAUCCAGCUUCUGGUUGCAAAGUUUGUUGUCAUUCUGGAGAGUGUGUUGGCUAAGAUUUCCAGAUAUGAUGAAGGCACUCUCUUCUCUUCAUUCCUCUCAUUCACGGUGAAAGCUGCCUCUAAAUACGUGGAUGUACCUAAACCUGGAAUGGACGUGGCCGAUGGCUACGUGACCUUUGUGCGCCACUCUCAGGAUAUCCUUCGUGAUAAGGUCAAUGAGGAGGUGUAUAUAGAAAGGUUAUUUGAUCAAUGGUACACUGCCACCAUGAACCUGCUGGGGACCUGGCUCACUGAACGCAUGGAUCAGCAGCUCCACGUCUACCAGCUAAAGAUCCUCAUCAGGAUUACAAAGAAAAAGUACCGGGACUUUCGCCUGCAGGGUGUCCUCGAUUCCACCCUGAACAGUAAGAUGUACGACACGGUGCGCAACAGGCUGACCGUGGAGGAGGCCACUGCUUCAGUGAGGGAAGGAGGCAUGCAGGGCAUCUCCAUGAAGGACAGCGACGAGGAGGAUGAAGAGGACGACUAGAGCCCAGACACUGACACUCCAACCCGCACCCCGACCCCCUUUCACACUUUUGACUUUAGCCUGGUUACCGAUGCAUGUACCAACUCAGAUAGCCACUCUAGGACCUCUUUGUCAGCUCGAAAUGCCUAUGAAGGAACUAUUAAUUAUAAAAAUAGUACGUAUACUGAGGAAAUCUAAAUAAAAAUGUUGAAAAAUAACCAUGAUUGGCAGAUUAGCUGUGUCAUGAUAAAGAUACCACCUAUCUUUGAUUCAUUCAUUUCUAAAUUCAUUUCUGUGUUACUAAGCAAUAUGGAGAACCAUUUGUUUGACAAUGUUGAGUGAGAUAAAUAGGUGUGUCCCUGUCCAAUGCAAUCCUAUAUGGCGCUUAUUUGUCGUAUUCUACAUUCAUUAAUGGUACAUUGUCGUGAUGAGUGUGUGGACCCUUUUUCUUUGUCUUGUCCGUUUUUAAGUGAAUGCCAACUGCUUCAAACUGAAAAUAAACCUCUGUAUUUGUUUACGGCUGUUGCAGAUACACUGCUGUCUACUCACUGUUAUUAACAUUAACAACAGUAAGUCCAGACCUGCAUUUUUAUCAUGUGUCAAUGCUAUGUGAUCUUAUCUCAAUUACUAAUUAGACACGAUUCAACAGGAAUCUUGAACUUCAACGAGUGGUUAUUCUAGAGAUGCAAUAUUCUCAUAGCUCCAUUUUGAUAACUUGGGAGAUUCUAUUUUUAUUUUAACAUUAAAAGGCCUUGAAACAGGUUCUAUUUUAAUUGAGUUGCACUUUUACAGAGAAAAGAGCAAAAUAGUUUUUUUUAUUAAAAAAAAAAAGUUGGUCUGUCCUUGUUCUGUAAUUGUGUAGAAUGAGAUGUCUGGCAUUUGUUUGGGUCUCACUGUUGUUUUGUAUAUAUUAUAUAAAUAUAUAUAAAUAUAAAAUGCUGUACAUUGCAUUCUGAGCCAUCGCUGCAUGCCUGUGGGUUCCCACCCUCCCCAAACGCUUUCUGUUUUCUGUGUGAAUUAGCUGGUGGAUUUGUUCUUGCUUUUGCCUUAUGAAAGCCAACAGUUGUAAUAUGCAAGAGCUGUGGCCUCUAAAUAAAAAUUACUGUACAUGUGCA